UGGAGACGCUGGGCGGAACCCUGGAGGAGGUCGCCGCGAGCUAACGGUGGGCGACGGUCAUGCGGGGACCAUUAACUGCAAAACACAAAGCGCUAAAUGAAAGCCGCACUUAAGCGCCAUUAAAUAAAACGUAAAGUACUCCCGGAAGGACCUUGUAAGCUGAAACUUCUCCAUGGUCCUAAAGCUGGCAUCCUGAUUCUUUUGUUAUGGCUGAUAUCAGGCUGCAGAUGCUUCAGGAUCCCCAGUGACGUACUGGCAUGCGGCUUCAGUGCAGAGAUGCUUCAGACCAACAACUACUCACUGGUGCUGCUGAUCCAGCUGGUUCUGCUGGCCUAUGACCUCUUCGUCAACUCCUUUAGCGAGCUGCUGAGGGCCGCGCCUGUCAUUCAGCUAGUGCUCUUCAUCAUCCAGGACAUCGCCAUCCUCUUCAAUGUGAUCAUCAUUCUGCUCAUGAUGUUCAACACCUACGUGUUCCAGGUGGGCCUGGUUUCACUGCUGCUGGAGCGCUUCCGGGCCCUGCUGCUCCUCUCUGCCCUCUACCUGAGCCUCAGCAUCUCCUUCCACUGCUGGAUCAUGAAUUUACGCUGGCUGGACUCAAAUCGCUUCGUUUGGACAGAUGGGCUACAGGUGCUGUUCGUCUUCCAGCGACUGUCGGCUGUGCUGUAUUACUACUUCUACAAGCGCACCGCGGAGUACCUGGGUGAUCCACGGCUCUACGAGGAUUCCACCUGGCUACGAGACGCCUUUGCUCGAGCGCGACAGUGAGGAUCGCACGGCACAGAGCAGGAGGGAGCGGGUGGAGACUUUCUUAUUGGGACGGGACGAGCCAAACCUGAACGUGGAUACAGGGAUGGCGAAGAACACUGACCAGGCUAGCGUGCCCUGAAAAACUGCCAAGAUGGACACCGCUGAGUACGUGAAGCAGACUGAAAAACGAAAAAGGAUCGAUUCGUCCCCAACAAACAGAAAUGGUGACACACUUUCCUGGAAGGAGGCUAAGUUGUUAAAUGCUGGUUUGAGUAAAAUCAGUCUCUUUCAAAGCAUGGUUGUUGACACCAUUUAAUGGCCUCAAAUAUUUUUUUUGUCUCUGGCGACAUGCUCAAUGAGAGGAAAUGAAACCCUAAGAUAUCCCCAAAAUUGAACUCUAACUGAAAGUGAACAGAGUUGUAAUUUUAGGCACCUUUUUUUGGAGAUGUUGUUGGUUUUCAAUUCAAUGUUUAGAUAUGGACGGUAAACUAGCAGUGUGGCCCAGUAAAUAUAUUUUUAUAUAUUUUUAGAAUAAAGAGUUUGAAUUCUUCUUGGCUGUAGAAAACUGUCAAUGUUAGCACAAAAUACAAAGGUUCUUUCUUUUAUGGGAUCAGCAGUCUGUGUAUGUUUAAGUAAGAGGGCUUAGGGCUUUCAGACGUGUUAGCUGUAAUAAUAACUACAUAUGAUCAUUCAACAGAACUGGCUUUAUGGGCUUAAAUUAUUUGACCUGUACUGCCUGGUCAUUUUGUUUUGCUUUAAUCCAUAUAAAUGCAGUGUGCUGUGAACAGACGCAUCCAGUAAUACUGUUACUGGCUUCUAAUGCAGACACAUACAGUAGGUAUUGUCACAUGUAAACAUAAUUACACCUUACACAGGGACCACAUGGAAACCAUAUAUCCUGUGUGGAUAUAGGAGCAUAAACCUCAGGGCGAUCUGCACUUUACUUAGUGGAUGUUAACUUAUGCCAGCUGACAAAGGUAUCAAGAAGUGUUUCUCUCAGGAAGAUCCCUAAAGAACUGCAGAGGAAACCGCUGAUGUCAGCAUAUGUUCCCAAUGGGAAUAUUUUGUGAUUUUGUUUAUAGAUUCUGCUGAUUCCCAAACCCACACUACUAGAAAGCCACAGACUCUUAAAGGUACAUUACCGGAGAGCUGUACCUCUAGAUCCUACCAACUUCUGUCUAUAAUAAAACUUGAAACUCGGCA